UUGUCCCUCAUGAAUGUUCGAAUAGGCAACCAGUAACACAUCACACCAGUCAGACCAGUCUUAUCAAUUUCUUUAGUAGAUAACUGAUGCCUUUUAUGUGAAUUCACGUGGUAUUUCUGUCCUCUCCUCUGCUCUGGUGGCAUACUCGAUUUAAUUCGCUUUUAAUACAAUACGGAUCCCAAUUGGUUCGAUGCUUCAUAUUUCGGUGUCGUAUAACUUCUAACGAACCGUAGAUUUCACCUACGAAAAAGUUGGAUAUUACCAAUAACAGUAAGAAUGGAUGAUAUAGCGAUUGGUAUAGACUUGGGCACUACGAAUUCUUGUGUUGGUGUUUUCCGAAAUGGAAAAGUUAAAAUUAUCGCGAACGAUCAAGGGAACAGAACGACGCCGAGUUAUGUUGCUUUCACAGAUGUCGAAAUCUUGAUCGGAGACGCCGCCAAAAAACAAUCAACUAGAAAUCUACGUAAUACUGUUUACGAUGUCAAAAGAUUGAUGGGUCGUAAGUACGACGAUGAUACAGUUCAGGCAGAUUUGAAGCAUUGGCCCUUCCAAGUCAUUGAUGAUAACAACAAACCGAAAAUCCAAGUUGAAUUCCAAGGCGCUUUCAAAACAUACUCUCCGGAAGAAAUAUCUUCGAUGGUGUUGCGAAAAAUGAAAGAAACAGCCGAAGCUUAUUUGGACCAAGCAGUUACAAAAGCUGUAAUCACUGUACCGGCUUAUUUCAAUGAUUCUCAAAGAUCGGCUACUGUUGAUGCUGCCAAAAUUGCCGGAUUAAAUGUACUACGUAUCAUUAAUGAACCUACUGCUGCCGCCAUUGCGUAUGGACUGGAAAAGAAUGACUCCAACUCUGGUGCGCAAAACGUAUUGAUUUUCGAUCUCGGCGGAGGAACUUUCGAUGUUUCAGUGCUGACCAUCCAGAAGGGUAUUUUUGAAGUGAUUUCAACCGCAGGUGAUACUCAUUUGGGCGGCGAAGAUUUCGAUAACGUAAUGGUCAAUUAUUUCGUUGAGGAAAUCAAACGUAAAUGCAAUGAAGACGUCACCCAAAACAAAAAAGCCCUAAGCUUACUACGAACUGCUUGCGAAGGAGCAAAGAGAGCUUUAUCAUCGUCUACUGUAGCCGAAAUCGAAAUCAUGUACGGUAGCAUCGAUUUCUGCAGCUCGAUUUCUCGCAUUCGUUUUGAAGAAUUGAACUCAACUUUUUUCCAAAGCAUAAUGGAACAGAUCGAGAAAGUAAUCAAAGAUGCCAAAAUGAAUGAAACUCAAAUCGAUCACGUUGUGUUAGUCGGUGGCUCGUCUCGUAUCCCUAAAAUACAAGAAUUGUUGAAAGAUUUUUUUGACCGAAAAGAAUUAAGCAAAUCAAUUAACCCGGAUGAAGCUGUAGCAUAUGGAGCAGCCGUGCAAGCUGCCGUACUGAAUGGCGACGGAUCAAAGCAGGUUCAAAAUUUAGUGUUAUUCGACGUUAUACCAUUGUCGUUAGGUAUUGGCGGUGGACCCGAUCACCAAGAAAUGACUGUGUUUUUCAAACGUAACUCGCCUAUUCCAGCAAGAAUUACUAAACCACGCUGCACGAUGGAUGAUAAUCAAACUAGUGCAGGAUUCAAAGUGUACGAAGGUGAAUAUCCCACAACAGAGAAUAAUCAUUUGCUGGGUCAAUUUGAACUUACUGGAAUCCCUCCUAAACCCGCUAAGCAAGCUAAAAUUGAUGUAACUUUUGAAAUAGAUGCUAAUGGUAUCCUAAACGUGACCGCUGUGGAAAAAUCUACCCGUAAUACGAAUCAAUUGACUAUCGCAUACGAUAAAGGUCGUCUCAGUAAGGACGAAAUUGAGCGUAUGAUCGAGGACGCUGAAAAAUUGCGAUCCAAAGUAGAAAACCGAAAAGCUGCAUUAGUCGCCAAGUCAGCCUUAAAAUCGUACUGUGUCAACGUGAAAAGCACCGUACAAGGUGAAAAAUUGAAGAGUAAAAUUAAUCAAUUUGAUAAGGACUUGAUUUUGAAAAAAUGCGAAGAAACCAUCUCCUGGUUGAAUUCUGUCCUGCCACCUGAAAAAGAAUUAUUCGAGCGUAAGCAUGAAGAAUUGAAAAAAAUAUUCGAUGUAAUCAUUUCGAUAGCUCGUUGGCCUAAUAAAGAAAACGACAAAUAUUGUGAAAUGUUGAACGUGGGGAAAGAUGCCUCCGAAGAUGAAAUCAAGAAUGCCUACAGGGAAUUAGCUUCUAAAUUUCAUCCCGAUAAGUACCAAGGAGACCAGGAACUAGGAAAUCUGUAUUGGCUGACCUACAUGAAAGCAAAAGUUGCUCUCCUCAAUCUAGUGAAUGGAAUACUCGGUAAAAACACCAGUACUUGAAUGCAUUGGACUAAAUUAAGCACAGACACCUUUUCUUCAACUUGAAAUUUCAUGAGUUGGUACCUAACCUAAUGAUUUCAGUGGCGAUUUAUCAGUAGUUGAAUCAUGCAGUGGUCAGUGGUGUCUGCGAUAAGUAUAGUUGUUAAAUGUGUAUUUUGUGAUUUUCAUGUUGUAUUAUUCAUGCUUGUAUUCUGAUUCUUCUUUUUAAAGAUAUGAGUAUGAGUGCAUAAUUGUCUUGAAAUGUAUGUUUUAAAAUUAUAUACA